UUAAGGACUAUUUUGCCUACACAAUGUUUGGGGACUUAUUUGAAGAGGAUUUUUCUGUUCUUUCAACCAACCAUUGUGGAAAAGGGAAGAAAUCAAAGCCCAGAGAUUCUGAACCUCCAGCUCCCAGGGAUUUCACCAACCUAAGUGGUAUCAAAAAUCAGGGUGGGACCUGCUACCUCAACUCCCUUCUGCAGACCCUGCUUUUCACACCUGAAUUUAGAGAGGCGUUGUUCUCGCUGGGACCUGAAGAGCUGGGGACUCUGGAUGACAGCAGCAAACCAGAUGCAAAGGUUCGAAUAAUUCCAUUACAACUUCAACGGUUGUUUGCUCAGCUUCUGCUCUUGGACCAGCAGGCUGCAUCUACAGCUGACCUGACUGAGAGCUUUGGGUGGAGCAGCCAUGAGGAGAUGAGGCAGCACGACGUGCAGGAGUUAAACCGGAUCCUGUUCAGUGCUUUGGAAACUUCCCUGGUGGGAACUUCUGGUCAUGACCUUAUCAACCGUUUGUACCACGGGAUUGUGGUCAACCAGAUUGUCUGCAAGGAAUGCAAGAAUAUCAGUGAGAGACAGGAAGAUUUCCUAGACCUAACAGUGGCAGUCAAGGGUGUUGCUGGCUUGGAGGAGGCCCUGUGGAAUAUGUAUGUGGAAGAGGAGUACUUUGAAAAUGAGAACUUGUACCACUGUGGAGCCUGUGAUAAACUUGUGGAAGCUUCAAAGUCGGCGAAGCUGCGGAAGCUGCCGCCCUUCCUCACCGUGUCCCUCCUGAGAUUCAACUUUGACUUUGAGAAGUGUGAACGGUACAAGGAAACAAGCUGCUACACCUUCCCCAUCCAGAUCAAUCUGAGGCCUUUCUGUGAGCAGACUGAAAUGGAUGAUUCAGAGUACAUGUAUGAGCUCUUCUCUGUUAUUAUACACAAAGGUGGCUGCUAUGGAGGACACUAUCAUGUUUAUAUCAGAGAUGUGGAUGAAUUAGGAAACUGGCAGUUACAAGAGGAAGAGCAGAGGCUGAUUGAAGAUAAGGCUUCAAGAGACCCCCAAAAUGCCAAAGAAGUGGAAAAUCCAGUGGUGAUGUUGAAAGGGAUUUUAGCAGAGGAAGAAUCUCAACAGAUUCCUGUGAACCAAUUAAGGCAGAAAUUAUUGGAGAAAAAAGGGGUUUCGUGGAAUAAGAAAUACAGAAAACAAUAUGGAGUGUUAAGAAAGUACUUGCAGAACCAUCCUCAGAUAUUUCAGUUCAGUCCUGAUGAAGAUAAGGUUGGCCUGAGGGAAAAACACAAGCUCCUGUUUCAGUCAGAUUCUGAAGGGCAAGGUCUCCAAAGCCCUCCUCAGGAGAAUGAUGUCCACUGGAAUUCAGAAAAAAACCCUCCAAGGCUAAAGGAGAAUUCUGCUGCUCCCCAUUGGUUUGAUCUGAACGAUUCCAAGGUCCAGCCCAUCAAGGAGAAGGAUAUUGAGAAGCAGUUUCAGGGUAAAGAGAGUGCCUACAUGCUCUUCUAUCGAAAAUCUCAGUUGAAAAGACCACCUGAAGCUCGAGGAAAUCCAAGGUACCAAAUUCCUGAACACCUUCUGAAUGAAAUGAAUGCUGCUAAUACUGAGCUGCAAAAAAAGAGAGAGGAAUGUGACUCAGCAAACAAUGGCAUCAAUUUGCAUCUCCAUUUGAGCUCCUGUUACCAGUUUCACAAUGGGGCUUUGCAUCCUUUGCUUACUUGGAAGGAGAGUGUUGUGGAUUUGACUAUUGACAGAAGAAAAACCUUGGGAGACCUUCGCCAGUCAGUGUUCCAGAUGUUGGAAUCCUGGGAAGGAGACAUGACCCUCAGUAUUGCCAAGCCUUUACCAGCAGGACUGCAUCUGUACCAGGUGCUUGAUGGAGAUGAGCUGACCCUGGAUGGCAUCGGGCUGGUGGAUGGAGCGGACAUCUUCGUCUGGAAUGGGAAAGAGGUUGGUGGAACAAAGGUGAUGACAGGCCCUGACCACGAGCCUGUGGUCAUCAACGUUCUUCGGCUGGCAGAGCACAACGAAGGAGGGAAGGGUCAGCACUUCACUGAGUCCCAGCAGGUCUUCUCCUGCAGCACAAAGCUGGCUGAUCUCCACAGAGCCUUAGCCCCCUCAGGAGGAAUCAUUCUGAAGAACAGCUCGGGGCCAGAGAAAGAUGCCAAGAACUGGGAAGUUUUUCUGGACGAAGAUAUGAAGGAAACAGUCAGAAGUGUUGGUCUGACAGAUGGAUGCUCAGUACUGAUCUUGGACAGCCAUGACCAGAGCUUUGUCAAUGUGGCGAGUGGCAAUUUGACUGCUUUUACAUAUGACAUCAGCUGGCUGCAAGUGAAAAACUUCUGCAGGGUGGAAGAUGAAGAUGAAGAGAAACACGUUAAAAUAACGGCCACCAUUGAGACA